GAGUCGCGAAUGGAUCUAUUAUGGUGAAGUCGACCUUGUGAUUGGUACCGAACAUUUGCAGCGUCUGAUUUCAAAAGCCGACAUUUUACGAUUUGAGAUCUUGGGAAAUCGAGACAAUACAAGAAGAUGCGAGACGCAGAGCUAGAGGAUGGAGGUUUUCAAGGGGAUCCGUGCCUGUCAAGAAAUUUUUCACGUUCCACAGCAGAUUUUCAGCCUAUUUCACUCGGCGACAUCGAUGGGUUUUCCUUUGAUUGAGUUAUUUUUGCUGCCCACAGAUUGAAACGUCCUCCUGGUUAUAUAAAGGGAUCGUUAUUUCCUCUCGCCAAGGUGAUCAUUACUACUCGCCUUAAUUUCAAUUCACCAUGGUUCGAGUUUUGUCCACUUCCAUUGCCAUGUCGUUGGUAACUUUGCUCGCCACGUCUGCCCAGGGACAUAUUAUGAUGUCGCCCUACAGAGGCCAGUCUAUCAAUGGCACAUUAACAAUCGGCCAUGGUUGUUCAGGAGCAGCCACCACUGGCCUCGCUGUCACUGUUCCUGAAAAUGUUGUGGAUCUUCAGCCCCGAGAAAUUCCGAACUGGAAACUCGAUGUUGUCUAUCGUGAUUUGGAAAAGCCUAUUACCGUCAAUGGCAAAUCCAUCAACCGGGCUGUGGCCAAUGUCACUUGGUCUGGUGGUAACCUUCCCAACGACCAAGCUCAAGAGUUUGGUAUCCUUUUCACGGUGCCGGAGGUGGAUCUGAGCAACCAGCCCAAUGUUACGUUGUACUUUCCCAGUAUCCAGACUUGCACCAAUGCUACUUCCGCCUACGUUGAUAUUCCUGGUUCUACCCCGGCUAACGGAGCCAAACCUCUCCCUGCUCCAAGCUUCACCAUCACAAAAGAUGCCGCACCUCCAACUGCAGAUAAUGGUCACGGCGAUCAUAAAGAAGGCGAUGGUCAUCAACAUGGCAGCUCCGCCAGUAGCAUACUUGUGAAUGCUGUUCCUUUGAUGGCUCCUUUGCUUGUCUCCGGUGCUUUAGUUUUGACGCAAUUAUAAUUUUUAUUUUCACGUUUCUUUUAUUUCGCGUACACAUAUAAUUUUUAGUACUAUGCGUGUCAACAUUUAUAUGUACUUUUUUGUGAUUUAUGACUAUAUCAAUUAA